AGUAUGUGGGGAGAGAUAUGUCAGCUGUUCAGCACUGUGCUCCAUCACAGCAAGAAAAAACAACAGUGAGCAUAAUAUAUGCUCUCAACUUAAGAGACUGAGAUGAAGCAAACCGAUCUGGACUUACUUUUUGUUGGUUAAACGUCUGCAGUUCACCUCAAAGUGUUUAUGUCAGAUUCCUUUUUCUUGAAAGUAAAUAUUCACACAUCUUCUCAAAAGCUGGACACAUGGGGGAUAAUAAAUGUGGAGGGAUAGUUGCAGCUGCAGUAAACCGUCUGAAAGUGGUGAAGGGUUUGGAGGAUGUGGAGGUGUCAGAGUGUGAGAGCUGCUCCUUGGAGGUGACUCUUAACUUGGCCUACAUAGAGGGCAUUUGGACCAGAAAUGGGACAAAAGUAAAGUCAAAGCCGAGCUGUCGCAUCAGCACACAUGGGAAGAAACACUGCCUCAUCCUGAACCGGGUGGCUUUGGGAGAUGCUGGUUUAUACUGUUUCCAGGCUGGUGAGGUGCAGACUUCAGGAAGGCUGAAUGUCAGAGCUAGGGACAUAUACAUUGUGAAGGAGCUGGAGGAUGUGGACACGCUUGAACGUCGUCCUGUCAGCUUUUUAUGUGAAGUCAAUCAGGUGGAUGUGGAUGGUCGGUGGUAUCGCAAUGACUGCAGAAUCCGACCUGGGGACACCAUCAAGAUAAGACACCAGGGUAAAACGCACACCUUGCUCUUCAAGUCAGUCAGACCAGAACAUGCAGGGGGGAUCAGAUUCACUGCAGAGCGGGUCUCAUCUCAGGCCACUCUCACAGUAAAAGAGCUCCCAGUUCAAAUAGUUCGACCUCUAAGGGUCAAAAUCGCCAUGUAUCGCCACAGAGGUUUGCUGGAGUGCCAAGUGUCGAGGCCUAAUGCUCAGGUCAGAUGGUACAAGAGCAGUAAAGAGCUCCUGCACGGCGAGAAGUAUCAGCUAAUCAGCCAGGAUGUCUACAGGCAGCUGACCAUCGAAGAUGUUCGCUCCUCAGAUGAAGACACCUACACAUGUGAUGCAGGAGAUGAUAAAACAUCAUGUCAGCUUCUGGUGGAGGAGCAGGCCAUCAGCAUUGUGCAGGGGAUGAAGUCUCUGGAGGUAAUGGAGCCAAAUCCAGCAGUAUUUCAGGUGGAAACCAGCUUAAAGUCAGGGAGGCCCCCGAAGUGGACCUUGAAUGACGAGGUCCUGGAGCACUCUACAGGAGUGAACAUUGACAGGCAGGGGAAACUCCACACUCUGUGUUUCACAAGCACUGACAGCUCUAUGACAGGGCCUGUAGUCUUUGUGGCUGGGAAGAGCCGUUCCACCGCACAGCUCACUGUCAAGGAGCGACCUCUUGAAGUUGUUCACCACUUAGAUGAUGUGGAGGCAAAGGAGAGUAGCUCUGUGAGCCUGAGCUGUGAGUUUGCCCCAUCACCCCGGGUGGUGCGUUGGUUUAAAGGUCGCACCGCACUAAAGUUCUCAAACAAGUACAACAUGAAAAGAGAGGGCAAACGAGCAGAGCUGAUCAUUCAUGGCCUGACAGGGAUGGAUUCGGGACAGUACCGCUGCAUGGCUGGAGGUUCACAGAGCACUGCGCAGCUCAAAGUUGAAGUAAAAACACUGAAGCUGGUCAAACAUCUUGAUCCUAUUGAAAUUGAGGAGGAUGGCGCUGCCACUUUUUCAUGUGAGCUAAACUAUGUUGUUGCAAACGCAGAGUGGCUGCUGAACAACAUCCGCCUCAAUUCUAACGCCAUCAAUCGAAUCCAGCACAUGGGCACAAUGCACAGUCUCAGGAUGCAAAAGCUUAGACCACAGGAGAGCAGGGUCACAUUUAAAGCAGGUCUACUCACUGAGACAACUGUCUUAAAGGUCAAAGAGCGUCCAGCUGUGUUUCUCAGGUCUUUGGAGGAUGUUAUUGGAGAGGAGAAAGGGGAAGUUUGCCUGCAGUGUGAAAUCUCUAAAGAUUCAGUAACUCCUGUCUGGAAGAAGGAUGGGGCCGUCCUGUCACCUGAUGAAAAACAUGAGUUUGUGCAGUGCGGGAAGUGCAGAGCACUGAUCAUCCACACACUGAGCAAGGAAGAUGCUGGUCAAUACACCUGUGACCUGAGUACCAGUCAGUCCAAGGCUAAAGUAACAGUACAUGAUCUUAUUAUUAGCAUUGUCCAGCGGAUAAAGACAGUCUCUGUUCUGGAAGGUGAAAGCUGUGUUUUCGAGUGCCAUCUAUCUCAUGAUCUGGAUGAUGAACCACUUUGGACCAUCAAUGGUCAGAUGGUGGUUACAAACAGCCGCAUUCAGCUAGUAAACGACAAACGCAUCUAUAAGAUGACCAUUAGAGAUGUCCUCCUUUCUGACGCUGGUGACGUGGUUUUCACAAUUAAAGAUCUGAGUUGUAGGACCAUGUUGUUUGUAAAAGAGAAGUCUGUGCACAUCUUUAGGGACCUGUUAAAUGUGAAGGCCGUGCCUGGGGAGGAUGCUGAGCUGAGCUGCGAAAUCACCAAACCAGAUGUCACCAUUCGAUGGCUGAAGAAUGGACGUCCCAUCAGGCAGAGCCCUAAAUAUGAGAUGAGCAUAGAGAAGAACUUGGCCCGGCUGUUGAUCAAAAAUACCUCCAUCAGAGACUCUGGAGAAUACUGCUGUGAAGCUGACGGUGUUGCUUCCAGAGCCAAGGUGGAGAUCAGAGAACUUCAACACACAUUUGCAAGGGAGUUGAGGGACACUCGAGGAGAAGAAAAGGGUAAAGUGACACUGGAAUGUGAGACCAGGCGGCCAGCCAAGCGCGUGACAUGGCUGAAGGGCAUGUUGGAGCUCAGGUCUGGGAAGAAGUAUGUCAUGAAGCAGAAGGGAGUUGUUCUAACCCUAACCAUCAACUGUCUGGAGAAAACAGACGCGGAUAUUUACGUGUGUGACGUUGGUACCAUGCAAAGCCGGGCACAUCUGACUGUGCAGGAUCAGAAAGUGAUAAUCUUGGAUGAGCUCGAGGAUGUGGAGUGUCUUGAAGGUGACACAGUCACAUUCAGGUGUCGAAUUUGUCCCGAUGACUACUUGGGGGUCAAAUGGUACCUGGAUGAGACUCUGCUUUAUACUAACGAGCUUAAUGAGAUUCAGAUGGGAUCUGGGGGCUUCCAUACUCUCACAUUUAGACAGCUUGCUCGGAAAGACACUGGCACUAUUUCGUUCGUGGCAGGUGACAAAAGAUCUUAUGCUUCACUGCUAGUUAGAGAGAGGCGUCCUACUAUCAUCAAAGCACUGGAGGACUGUGAGGCUUUUGAAGGAGGUGGUUUAGUAUUGUCUUGUGUCACUUCCAAACCAUGCCACAUCUUGUGGUACAAAGAUGGCUGUCUGAUGUGGCACUCCUCCAGAUACUUAAUUACCCGUUCUGGCUGUGAAGCACGACUGACUAUUCGAGAGGUCAGCAACAGUGAUGCCGGAGAGUAUGAGUGCAGCGCUGGAUAUGUCACAACUACAGCUAUCGUCACCGUUAAAGCCAUCCCGGCAGAGUUCACCAAGCCUCUGAAUGCCAUGGAGGCCAAUGAGGGAGAGGAUGUUACGUUAACUUGUGAAUACUCCUUACCUGGAGUCCAAUUUCAAUGGAGGAAAGGUUUUGUGAAUAUCCGGCCUGGAGAUAAAUACGUCAUGAAACAGAGGAAAACCAUUCUUUCUUUGACCAUCAAAGCACUUCAGCCUGAGGACACAGGAGAGUACACAUGCCAGUGCAGAAAACACCAGACCACAGCCAGCCUUAUAGUAAACGCAAUUCCCAUUACCUUCAUUCAGCAACUUAAGAACCUGCAAGCAGAGGAGGGCAGUAGUGUGAUAUUGCGCUGUGAAGUUUCUAAACCUGGAAUAGCAGUGGAAUGGAGGAAGGAGCAGGAGCUGCUGACGAACGGCAUCAAGUUCCAGAUGAGGAAAAGGGAGACCACCUUUGAGCUUCUGAUAUGGAAACCUGUACCUGAGGACAGUGGGGUUUACAGCUGUGUGUGUGCUGAUCAGAUAACAUCUGCUACAGUCAAGAUUACCACCCUGCCGAUCACCUUUAAACAGAAGCUAAGGAACAUAUUGAUUGAGGAAGGAAACAAUGCUAUAUUUCGCUGCGAACUCUCCAAGCCUGGUCAAACUGUAGAGUGGAAGAAAAAUCAAGGUGGGGUCAUCAGGAAUGGAGAGAAGUAUCACGUGCGACAGAGAGACACACAUAUUGAACUCAGGAUCCUAGAUGUGACUCCUGAUGACAGCGAUAUCUACACUUGCAUCUGUGGAAACAUCGAGACAACAGCAACUCUGACUGUUAAUGCCAUUCCUAUAACGUUCAAGCAGAAGCUGAAGAACCAGCAGGUGGAAGAAGGACACAACAUCACACUGCAAUGUGAGAUUUCUAAAGCUGGUGUCCCAGUGGAGUGGUGGCUUGGAGGAGAGAAGCUCGAGAAUGGAGACAAGUACCAGAUAAAGCAGAGGGACUCCAGCCUGGAACUGACCAUCAGGGAUGCUGCGUUAGAGGACAGCGGCGUCUAUACAUGUGUGUGCAGGGAGCAGAAGACUAAAGCCACUGUGAAAGUUAUUGCAGUCCCUGCCACAUUUAAAUCGAGUUUGAAGAGCCAAGAAGUGGAAGAAGGGACUAGUGUGACUCUACACUGCGAGCUGUCAAAGAAAGGAGUCCCAAUUCAGUGGCAGAAGGAGGGUCAGGUUCUGUCUGAGGAGUUAAGCCGUGACAAAUACCAGAUAAAGGUUGAAGGAAAGAAAGCGCUGGUAACUAUUUUCAAUGUGCAACUGGAAGAUGCAGGGAAGUACAGCUGCAUUACUGGAGAUGAGAAAACCACCGCAGAAGUCAGAGUCAGACCGCUUCCUGUCACUUUCAAACGAGAACUUCAGAGCCUGACAGUCAAAGAAGGAGACUGUGGAGUUUUUUGCUGUGAGCUUUCCAAACCUGAUGCUCCUGUGGAGUGGAGGAAAGGUAGAGUCCUGUUAAAGCCUGGAGAGAGACAUGAAAUGAAACUGGAGGGCCGGCUGACUAAACUGAUCAUCAACAAGGUGGAGGAAAGUGAUGCUGGAAAAUACACCUGCAAGACUAAACACAGCCAAUCCACUGCAGAGCUCAGAGUCCGAGUGUAUUCUACAGCAUCACCUGAGCGCAGACGUCAAAGAGAUCUUCCUCCAAGUUUUAAACUACCGUUAGUGAACCAGGAGGUCACAGAGGGCAACGUUGUGUCUCUGCACUGUGAGCUCAAUAAGCCUGCUUCCUCUGUGGAGUGGAGGAAAGGAGGAGUGCUGCUCAAGAAUGGAGACAAGUAUCAGAUGAGGAAGAAAGACCUGCAGGUUGAAAUGAAGAUUACUGACCUCACUGUUGAGGACUCUGGAGAUUACACUUGUCUAUGUGGAGAGGAAAGGACGACAGCUCAGAUCACAGUGAACGAAAGGCCGAUAAAAUUCAUUCAAGAUCUGAGAAAUGUUCAAGUACAGGAGGGUAAUGGAGUGGCACUCUGUUGUGAGCUCUCCAAACCAGGAUACCCAGUCCAGUGGAAGAAGGAAGAUAUUGUUCUAACCAGCAGUGAGAAAUACCAGAUAAGGCAAAACGGCUCCAAAGUAGAACUUCUAAUCAGGAAAAGUCUCCCAGAGGACAGCGGCUCUUAUAGUUGCAUUUGUGAUGAUCUUAAAACUAUGGCCAAUGUUGCAAUUACCGCAAUUCCUGUGACUUUCAAGCAAAAACUAAAAAACCAAGAAGCAGUGGAGGAUGGCUGUUUAACAUUACGCUGUGAGCUCUCCAAACCUGGCCAAGCAGUAGAGUGGAGGAGAGAUGCACAGCUGCUGUUGGAUGGAGAGAAAUACCAGAUAAAGCAACAGGGCCGAUCGGCUGAGAUGCUGAUUAGAAAUGUAACCCUUGCAGAUGCAGGAGAAUACAGCUGUUCUGCUGGAAAUGCUGUGACUUCAGCUGACAUCAAAGUUAGAGCUCUUCCAGUAACAUUCAAGAAAGAAGUUCAGAGUUUGGAGGUAAAGGAAGGAGACAGUGCUACUUUCUGCUGUGAGCUCUCCAAGCCCGGAGCUCCUGUCGACUGGAGAAAAGGCAGAGUGAUCCUCAAGGCCGGUUAUAAAUAUGAGAUGAAACAAGAAGGAGGUCUCACCAAAUUAAUCAUCAAUAACAUUGAGGAGAGUGAUGCUGGGAAAUAUACCUGCAAAACAGAGGACAGCCAGUCCACUGCUGAGCUCACAGUCAAAGCUCCUCCUGUAACAUUCAAAACAAAGCUAAAGAACCAGCAGGCGGAGGAGGAAAACAGUGUGACGUUGAGCUGCGAGGUGUCAAAGCCCGGCCUUGCUGUAGAGUGGAUGAAAGGGAAAGAGCUGCUGAAGAGUGAUUUUAAAUACCAGAUUAAAAACCGUAACAUCAACAUGGAGCUCACCAUCAAAAAUGCACAGCUGGAGGACAGUGGACUUUACAGUUGUAUUUGUGGAGAUGUUAAGACCACCGCACAUGUCACAAUCACACCCAUUCCUCUCACUUUUAAAAUGGGCCUGAAGAACCAGGAGGCUCCAGAGGGAGGGAAUGUGUGUUUGCGCUGUGAGGUGUCCAGGGCCGGGGUGCCCGUGCAGUGGUGGAAAGGGGACGACCAGCUCUGCCAUGGAGGGAGGUUCCAGAUGGCACAGAGAGGGAAGGAAGCUGAGAUGACCAUCAGAAACAUACAACCAGAGGAUGUUGGAGAGUACAGCUGCGUCUUCGGGGGUCAGAAGACAACAGCUGAAGUCAACGUGAGAGCUGCAGCAUCUGUGUACUUUGAGAAGGAACUAGAGAGCCAAGUGGCAAUGGAGGGAAAAUCUGUUUUGAUGUCCUGUGAAGUUUCCAGCGCUAAUGUUCCAGUCACUUGGAGGAAAGACAGCGCUGUGGUUGAAGACGGAUUGCAUUAUAUACUAAAAAAGAAAGGUCCUUUGCACACUUUGGAAAUAAAGAAACUGGAACUGGCUGAUGCUGGAGAGUACUGCUGCAUCAGCAGAGGCAAGAAGACCACUGCAAAGCUGAUAGUGAGGGAGCGCAUCAGGAUUGUGAAAGGGCUGCAUGACUUAACAGUGACAGCUGGAGAGGACGCUGUGUUUGUGUGCGAGCUGAGCCAUGCAGAUGUGAGCGAGGGCACCUGGUGGCUUGGUUCGAGCCCUCUGCAGAAAAAUGAGAUGAACCAGAUGACCUGCCAUGGCCGCCAGCACCGUCUGGUCCUCACCAUGACCACUCCAGAGGAGACGGGUACGGUAGCAUUUGUGGUAGGGGAGGAGAGGACAUCUGCAAAACUGCUUGUUGUCCCCAAGCCAAAAGUUCUAUUUGAGGAGAAACCCAAAGACUCUGUGGUGAUGGAAGGAGAGACAGCUAUCCUUUCCUGUACCACAACUGACUGCAACACCUGGGUUACUUGGAAGCGCAGCCAUAUCCCACUACGAAGUGGUGAUAAAUAUGAGAUGCGUAAGGAGGGUAAAGUAAACCUGCUGCUGAUCCAUGAUGUUGAGCCCCAGGAUACUGGCUUAUACUCUUGUGAUACAGGCGACAUGCAGAGCCAUGCAAAACUAACUGUAACCGAACUUCCACCAUUCUUUCAAGAAGAGUUGCAAAGCAUAGAAGCGGAAGAAGGAGGCUCAGCCUUCCUGUACUGUGAGCUGUCUAAACUAGGAGUGCCGAUUCAGUGGAAAAAAGACGGGCUGCCAUUAAGAGCCAGCAGGAAGUAUGAGAUGAGGCAGGAUGGCUGCUUCGUCCAGCUGUACAUCAAGGAGCUCAAGCUUGAGGACAGUGGGAGCUACUCAUGUCAAGCAGCAAAAGCAGAAACAGUGGCAACAGUUUCAGUCAGAGAGACACCUCCAUUCUUCAAGAAAGUAUUAAAAAGGUUGGAGGCUGAGGAAGGAGGCGCAGCCUUACUGCAGUGUGAAUUAUCUAAGCAAGGAGUAUCUGUGCAGUGGAAGAAGAAUGGACUUCCCCUUAGAGAGAGUAGGAAGUACCAAAUGAAGGAAGAUGGCUGUCUGCUCCAGCUCCACAUCAAUGAGCUCAAACUUGAGGACAGCGGCAGCUACACGUGUCAGGCAGGAAGCACAGAGACAACUGCUAAUGUGACAGUCAAAGAACUCCCACCAUUCUUCAAGAAGGAUCUGCAGAACAUUAAGGCAGAAGAAGGCAGUACAGCCUCUCUGAUCUGUGAGGUUUCUAAACCUGGAGUGCUGGUUCAGUGGAAGAAGAACAAAAUACCUCUCAGAUCCAAUAAGAAGUAUGAGAUUAAGCAGCAGGACUGUGUACUACAGCUCAACAUCAAGGAUGUGCAACUGGAGGACAGCGGCUGCUACACUUGCCAAGUAGGAGGAACAGAGACAAGCGCCUGUGUCUCAGUAAAAGAGCUCCCCCCAUUCUUCAAGGACAUUUUGAAAAGUCUGACUAUUGAUGAGGGAGAUACAGCCUCCCUGUGCUGUGAGGUAUCCAAGCCAGGGUUACCAGUACAGUGGAAGAAGAACAGGCUGCCACUGGGAGCAAACAGGAAGUAUGAGAUGAAGCAAGAUGGCUGCUUCCUCUAUCUUUCCAUCAAAGAUGUCACACCUAAGGACAGUGGCAGCUACUCAUGUGAAGCUGGAGCUGCAGAAACAACUGCAACUGUGACAGUGAAAGAACUCCCUCUGAUUUUCAAAAGAGAGCUAGAACGUGUGGAGGCUGAGGAAGGUGGAUCAGUGUCUCUGUGCUGUGAAGUGUCCAAAGCUGGAGCGCUUGUGCAAUGGAAGAAAAACAAGAGGCCCCUUAGAGCCAGCAAGAAGUAUGAGAUGAAGCAGGAAGGCUGCCGCAUGGAACUUCAUAUUAAUGAUGUCCAACCUGAAGACAGUGGGAGCUACUCAUGUCACGCAGGACCUGCAGAAACCAAUGCAACAGUAUCUGUUAAAGAAUGUCCAGUUUUCUUCAUGAAACAAUUACAAAACAUGGAUGGAGAGGAAGGAGGCACCGUCUCUCUGUACUGUGAACUUUCCAAAUCUGGUAUUCCUGUGAUUUGGAAGAAAAACAAAUUACCAAUGAGAGCCAGCAAGAAAUAUGAAUUCAGACAAGAAGGCUCCGUUGUUCAGCUUCAUAUUAAAGAUCUGAAACCUGAGGACAGUGGCACCUACUCAUGUGCAGCAGGCAGCGUGGAGACGACUGGGGCCGUCUCUGUAAAAGAGACGCCUCCAUUUUUCAAGAAAGAAUUGAGAAGUUUGGAGGCUGAGGAAGGAGGGGCAGCCUUACUGCAGUGUGAAUUAUCUAAACCAGGAGUGUCUGUGCAGUGGAAGAAGAAUGGACUUCCUCUUAGAGAGAGCAGGAAGUACAAAAUAAAACAAGACGGCUGCCUGCUCCAGCUCCACAUCAAUGAUCUAAGACUGGAGGACAGCGGCAGCUACACAUGUCAGGCAGGAGAUAUACAGACAGUGGCUGACUUAAUAGUAAAAGAACUCCCACCUUUCUUCAAGAAGGAUCUGCAGAACAUCAAGGCAGAAGAAGGCAGUACAGCCUCUCUGAUCUGUGAGGUUUCUAAACCUGGAGUGUUGGUUCAGUGGAAGAAGAACAAAAUACCUCUCAGAUCCAAUAAGAAGUAUGAGAUUAAGCAGCAGGACUGUGUACUACAGCUCAACAUCAAGGAUGUGCAACUGGAGGACAGCGGCUGCUACACUUGCCAAGUAGGAGGAAAAGAGACAAGUGCCUGUGUCUCAGUAAAAGAGCUCCCCCCAUUCUUCAAGAACAUUUUGAAAAGUCUGACUAUUGAUGAGGGAGAUACAGCCUCCCUGUGCUGUGAGGUAUCCAAGCCAGGGUUACCAGUACAGUGGAAGAAGAACAGGCUGCCACUGGGAGCAAACAGGAAGUAUGAGAUGAAGCAAGAUGGCUGCUUCCUCUAUCUUUCCAUCAAAGAUGUCACACCUAAGGACAGUGGCAGCUACUCAUGUGAAGCUGGAGCUGCAGAAACAACUGCAACUGUGACAGUGAAAGAACUCCCUCUGAUUUUCAAAAGAGAGCUAGAAAGUGUGGAGGCUGAGGAAGGUGGAUCAGUGUCUCUGUGCUGUGAAGUGUCCAAAGCUGGAGCGCUUGUGCAAUGGAAGAAAAACAAGAGGCCACUAAGAGCCAGCAAGAAGUAUGAGAUGAAGCAGGAAGGCUGCCGCUUUGAACUUCAUAUUAAUGAUGUCCAACCUGAAGACAGUGGGAGCUACUCAUGUCACGCAGGACCUGCAGAAACCAAUGCAACAGUAUCUGUUAAAGAACUCCCUUUAUAUUUCAUAAAGGAGUUGCAAAAUAUGAAUGCUGUAGUGGGAGGGAUUAUCUCUUUGUGCUGUGAACUCUCCAGACCUGGGGUUUCAGUGGUUUGGAAGAAAAACAGGCUGCCCCUGAGAGCCAGCAGGAAGCAUGAGAUAAAACAAGAUGGUCGUCUCUAUCAGCUUAACAUCAAAGACCUCAAACCUGAGGACAGUGGCAGCUACACCUGCCAAGCAGGGAGUGCAGAAAGUAUUGCAAAUGUGGCGGUUCAAGAGUGCGCUAUAUUGUUCAUCAAAGAAUUACAAAGUUUGGAGGCUGAGUCUGGCAGUGCAGCCUCUUUGUCCUGUGAGUUAUCAAGACCUGCAGUGUCUGUGCAGUGGAAGAAGGAUGCUUUGUCUCUGAGACCCAGUGAGAAGUAUGAGAUGAAAAAGGAUGGAUGCUUUCUGCAGCUUAACAUCAACAGGCUUAAUUCAGAGGACAGGGGUAGAUACUCUUGUCAUGCCGGAGAUAUAGAAACCUCUGCAACAUUACAAAUAAAAGCACCACAACUUGAUGUACUUGAGGCUAAAUCUAUAACAGCACCAGAGCACGUGAGAGGCACCGUGUCUAAACCAGCACCUGCUUCAGAGAAUGAAAGGCCAAAUGUUACACAGAACAACCCAGUUCCCCCAGAGCCCAAAAAGAGAACUAAUAGGAAAUCAUCUAUUACUACUUUAGAAAAAGACAGAGAGGAAUCUUUUGGCCUAAAGGUGCCUGUGCAGAAUGUCAACAAUGAAGUCCAAAAGGAUAUCCAACAUGUGAGAGCUAUAGAAAAACACUUUGAUGUUGCCCAGGAUGGAACAAACAUGGAGAGGAAUGAAGAGAAAGCGAGGGAGGUUCACAAGCAAGAGAUUAAGCCGGUUCAACUACCAGGGAGGGAUUACAAGGUUGACAGGAGAGUUGAAGAAGCUUCACCUUUGGGUACAGAAAAAGAUCGAAUGGAAAAAAGCCAACUAGAAGAGAAUGUGGGAAAAGUUAUUCAAGUCGGUCCUCAAGUAGAUCAGUCAGAAAGGCUUGUGGACAAUAAAGCUGUUGAACUGAAAGAGACUGAAAAGGGAUGUGAAGUUAAAAAGGAGUUGAAACAAGUGAAAUCAUCAGAUGAAUCAAAUGAAGCCAAGCAUAAGAUAACACAGCAAGCAACAACGAUUUGGCGAAACAGUGAAGGUGAAAAACAUGUAGAAGAGAAGCUUAAAGGGAGCGAAACAACUAACAGCGAUGUUAGGCUAUCAGAUAACAAAGGUGUAAGAGAAGAGGAGCCUUCAAAGCCUCCAGUACGAUCUAAGCCAAAGGUAGCAACUGGAGAGCAACCAAUCAAGUCUAUUACCAAAAGAACAGAGGGCACAAUUCCUAAGCUAAGCAAGACUGCUUCAAAAGAUAUCGAAGACCAUAAAGAGAUGAGAGAAAAUGGACAAAAGUUUGCAGAGGAUGUAUUUACACAAGCACGCACAAUAAACCAGCUUGAGAAACACUCAGUAGAAGAACCAAAAAAGGUGGAUGCAGUAACCCCUCAGUAUACAGCUCCAAAACCCCCUGAGAGGAGAAAGAGCAAAGCAAAAAUAGAAAUGGAAAAACAAAUUUCAAGGGAUACAGAGACAGAUCAGGAUUAUACACAGCCUAAAAGUAUAGCAGGAAGGUCAACGCAAGAGCAGCCAAAAACUCAGCCAAAACCGCCGAUGGAAAAAGAUUUUAAAGAGACUUCAAGAUUGGACAGAAACAAGUCUGAUACGGCUGAUAGGCAAAUAGUUGAUAAAUUCAAGCAACCAAUAACCCAACCAGUAAAACCAAUCAAGAAAGAGCCUGAUUCAGUUAUAGAAAUGAAACAAGCUGUUGAGCCAAUGAGAAGAGAGGAGGAAACACAACCUGCAUUAACAGAAGCAGACAUUCCUCUGCUCUACAUUUCGGAGGAAGAAACAUUUUCAGAGGCCUUAAGUGAGCUUCCUCCUUCCCACCUCCGACCUGCUGUGCCUCAUACACAAACUGCUCAGCUUUCUAUUCAAGGCAUAGAGCCGCUAGAACCUUCUCUCAUGGAGCUGGACAUCAACAUGGGGGAUGAACCCCAGAUGCAAGAAGCUGCCGUUAAAAUUCAAGCAGUAUUCAAAGGCUACAAAGCUCGGAAAGAAAUGCGACCAGUCUUCAAGGAGGUGUUCAAGAACCAGAAGGCAGAUCUUCAUGGCACGCUCUCAUUAAAAUGUGUCAUUGAUGGAAAACCCAGUACUGUGCGCUGGCUGAAAAACGGCCAACAACUUAUAAAUGAUCCUCGAUGCCAGAUUAAAACUGCUGAAAAUGGAGAAUGCACUCUUGUGGUUAAAAACUUAAAUGACAGCGACAGUGGAGUUUAUACCUGUGAGGCGGUGAAUAAGUUUGGGACAACCUCCUAUAAUGGAAAUAUAACUAUAGUGAAGACUCUACAACCUGUUCCCACUGCCCAGAAGCCUAUACACGCACCACUUGCAGCCAUAUCUCCUUUGCAGCUUGCUCCACAAAGGCCUGAAGCCCAGGAUAUGACACAAAGACAAACACCAACAGCUGCACCUGCAGACACUGACAAUUAUGUAGAAAGUGUAAGUGUCUCUAUGUGGGAUGCCUACAUCCUGACAGAACAGGACAAUCAGAAACGCCUGCAGGAGAGAAGAAGAUCCUCACUCAUUGCAGUUAGCUCCUUGUCAAGUCCAUCAGAGUAUGACACUGCUCCAGAUGUAAUAGAACCUAUUGAGACUGCUCCAGUAACACAACGGGCAGUGAUAAAAGCAGCUGACACCAAACUGCCAACGGAUAACAAAGAAGAAACAGUUGCUCUGAAACUUCCUAAGAAAAUGUUGGUUGUUAAAGGUGCUCAUGAUAUUAAACUAAGAACACCAUCUCCAAAGCACCAUCGCUCCCACACACCUUUAACUAGUACAGGGUCCAGAUCUGAGUCAGACGGUGAAGAGUGCAGACAAGAGACUUUUGAAAUAUAUGUGGCUCGAGCCGACUGCAGUCCUAAUGCUGGAAGUAAGGACAGCUUUAUUCUGAAGGAGGGACAAUUUGUGGAGGUUCUAGACUCUGUUCAUCCUGACAGGUGGUUGGUGAAAACCAAACCAACCAAAACCAACCCUUCUCGCCAAGGAUGGCUCUGUCCUGCCUAUUUGGAAAAGAAGAGAAAAGAAAUUUUCCCACAAAGUAGAUUUGUUCAAGAGGGUCUUGAUGGAAUUGGGUCAACAGAAGAAGAGUACAGGAGAGCACUGAGUCAGCUGAUCCAAGGCUUGAUUGAUGGAGAAGAGGAGUUUGUAAAGGCAAUGAAGAUGUUCAUCUCUCACCAUCUUAAUCAGCUGGACAGCAGCCACAAUGUUCCCAUCAAUAUUCUCAACCAGAAAGAGAUCAUCUUCAGGAACAUCAAAGAUAUUGUUGGUUUACAUGAACGUUUGAUCCUCCCUGGUCUGAGAGAGUGUUUAACGGAUGAUGACGUUGCCAUGUACCUAAUCAAGCAUGCUGAGCAAUUUGAGAAGUAUCUUCACUACAUGGUGGGACAAGCACAAGCAGAGGCCUGCAUCAGCGACAAGGCUGUUCAGCAAUACUUUAAAGAGGUAACGGCACAUGAGAAGCCUUGUGACACCCCAGUCAUGGAUGUCCUCACUUUCCUGCAGCAACCAAUAGAAAGAAUUCAAACCUACCAGAGUUUACUGAAGGAGUUAAUCAAGAACAAGGCUAAGAGUGGUCAGAGCUGUUACCUGUUAGAAGAUGCCUUCUCUGUGGUGUCCUGCUUGCCCUGGAGGUCAGACAAUCUGCACCGGGUGUCCCUGAUUGAGAACUAUCCAGCUCCUCUUACAGCUCUGGGUGAGCCUGUGCGACAGGGAGUAUUAACAGUGUGGGAGGACUCUCCAGAAAUGAAAACAACUUCCAGAGGUCAUCAGAGACAAGUGUUUCUCUUUAAGGAGUGCAUAGUACUGUGUAAGGUGAAGAAAGAUGGCAGCAUGAAUCGUGACACAUACAGCUUUAAGAACAAAAUGAAGCUGAAUGAUGUGGAAAUAAAGGAAAGUGUUGGUGGAGAGGAAAAGUCAUGGAGCUUGUGGCAUGAACACAGAGGCUCUAUACGGCGUUACACUUUACAGAGCAACUCUGCACUGGUUAAAGUGUCCUGGCUGAAAGACCUGAAGGAGCUGCAGGAACGCUCCAGCCUCAGUAAUAACUGUCCUCCAGUGUUUGAAUCAAUGCUUUCUGACUGCUCAGCGCAAAUUGGACAGACAAUCAAACUGACUUGCAGAGUGUUUGGAUUUCCAAAACCCACAGUGAGCUGGAUCAAAGAUGGGCUUCCCUUAGAGGAUGACCCACGUCACAUCAUCGUGGCUGACCGCUCAGGAGCGUGCAGUCUCGUCCUGGACUGCCUCACAGCAGAGGACUCUGGUCAGUACAUGUGUCAUGCAACCAGCUCCAUGGGCAGUGCUGGCACUCUGGCAAAGGUGGUGGUGCACGCUCCACCCAGAUUUGUGACCCGACUAGAAAGCGCUUGUCUGAUUGAAGGAGAAGGGAUCCAGUUUGUAUGUUCCACUCUCACUACCCCUUUACCAAGAAUCAGGUGGUUGAAAAAUGGCAGGGAGCUGACUGACUGCAAUAAAUAUUCCAUUGUGAAUGAUGCCCGGAGUGGAAUCUUGUCUCUUACAGUUACAGGGGCAACAGAGGCAGAUAUUGGAGUGUAUGAAUGUGAGCUCUGGAAUGAACUUGGCUGCAUCAAGUGCAAAGCAGGUCUUUGUCCUGCCUUUGUGCCACCUGCUGACACAGAGAGUGACCAACAGCAGAGCCUACCUGCUAAAGAAGCUGAUUCAGAGGCAUGGUCAACUGCCUUUGUUAAAAAAUGGCUGCAGACUGAUUUCAGCCCAUCUUCUUUGGCCAAGAUACAAUGUCCUCCUUUAUCCUCUGUGCAAUGUAGUACAGUGAUGGAUGUUCAACAUUCUGCAUUGGAUGAAUCAGUGCAGCAGCCUUCAUGUUAUCUGGAAGAAGAAGAGGAGAUCUACAUUUCAGAGGCCCUGCAUGAAAUCACAGAUGCUCCGCCUUCCAUCCAGGUGCCUGCUGAGGAUCUUUGCGUAGAGCCAGGCCAACCAGCAACAUUCAUAGUCAUCAUCACAGGAAGGCCCACUCCAAAGAUACAGUGGUACAAGGAUAGGGAGCAGCUUGCAGCCAGUGAGAAUGUGAAGAUAGUCCAACAUGGUGCUCGCUGUUGCCUCACCAUUUUGUGCCCUGAAGGAGAGGACAGUGGCAUAUAUACCUGCUUUGCUCACAACGACUCAGGCCAAGCCUCCUGUGAAGCUCAGCUAACAGUCGAGGAAGGUCUACUUUAUUCCCAGGAAAAAGAGGUGGAGCUGGGGAAGAGAAGGAAGCUGUUCUCAGUAUAUGAUGUCCAUGAGGAAAUUGGAAGGGGGACAUUUGGGGUGGUGAAGCGGGUCAUCCACAGAAGAACAGGUGAAGUGUUUGCUGCCAAGUUUCUACCCUUGAGGAGCAGCUCUCGGACCAGGGCCUUCCAGGAGAGAGAUCUCCUUUCCCGUCUCGCUCAUCCCAGAGUGGCCUGCCUGCUGGAUUUCUUUUGCACCAGACGCACCCUGGUCUUAAUUACAGAAAUGUGCUGCUCUCAUGGGCUUCUCGACCAUUUGUUUAUGAGAGGAUCUAUCUCAGAAAGAGAGGUCCAGUCAUAUAUCCAGCAAAUUCUGGAAGGGGUCAGUCAUAUACACAGCAUGAACAUCAUGCAUCUGGAUCUCAAACCGGAAAAUAUUCUGAUGGUUUACCCUCCAAGAGAUGAGAUCAAGAUCUGUGAUUUUGGCUUCUGCCAGGAAAUAGACACUUCCCGACACCAGUACAGUAUGUUUGGCACUCCAGAGUUUGUUGCACCUGAAAUUGUGCAUCAAGAGCCCGUCACUAUGGCCACUGACAUCUGGGCUGUGGGUGUCAUAGCAUUUCUGUGUCUGGUUUGCCGGUGCCCUUUUGUGAGCGAGACCGACCGUGCAACAUUGCUGAGGGUGGAAGAGGCAACUAUAAACUGGGAUGCUCCAGAUGUCGUAUGCAGGAGCCCUGAAGCAAGGAAUUUUCUUCACAUGGUCCUACAGCCAGAUCCAGAGACUCGACCAUCUGCCUUUGAGUGCUUGAGUCAUGAUUGGCUUCAGGAUGGAAAUGCAGGGGAGGACACGGAUGAAAUCAACACAAAGAGUUUGAAAAUCUUCAUCUCUAAAAGGAAAUGGCAGCGUUCUUUGACAUCCAUCGGGUCGGUGCUCACACUGAGGCCCAUUCCGGAGCUGCUAGAUGCUCCUCUCAGAGAGACUUCAGUUGCAGUGCCACGAGAGCCCCAGGAGCACAGCAGUACCUCCCUGAGCAGCGGCUCCUCAUCAGAAUAUGAUGAGGCAGACUCCUGGGACUUUUUCCAGCCCUGCAGCCAGACUGAAGAUGAGGAGGAUGAGACAGAGGAAGAAUAUGAUCACUUAAUGGAGAGGACACAAAUCUCUGAGCGGAUUGCCAAAUGCCGCACAGGUUCAGAGGAGGAUGAGGAAGGGACUUUAGGGGAGGAUGAAGAGGGAGAGAUGGGAGAAAGGAGGAGUGUUAUAGAGCGCAACAUGAGCAGGGCAUCAACAGCAUCCUCAACAACAACAGACCAACAGACUCCUCACAGGGAACGACGUUUCAGCAAGGAUAGUAACCGAUCUUUGUAUCUCUCUGAUGGGGAAGAGGGUUCAGGGAGUGAUUGUGGGCGCAUUCCCAGAAGAAGUGUCAUCCGAAGCACUUUCUACAACACCUCUCAACAGCUUUCCCCUCUGUCUGCCAGACACAUGACUUUAAGGGACAGAUUCCAAGCGAGGAAACAGGAAAGGGGCCGUAAACCUCUUAGGAGAAGCUUCUCGGGACGUCUCAAUGAGCCUCUGAUUGAAUACGUAGAGGAUGAACCAGAGAGCACCCGUGGGCAGAGACAAGGACCCAUCCAGCCUACCAUUCAGAAAUCCUCUUCAUUUGACAAUGGAAUGGGCUUUGUCCACAGCAGUCUACCCCCACACAGACGGAGCAGGUCCCUGGAUGAGUAUUCCCGUCGAUCUCCCAGCUCAUCCAGCCUUGAAAGGGCACAUGAAGAAGAGGCCUUUCAGACUAAGAGGGAAGGAUUCACAGAUGAUGAAGCAACUUGUAGAAACUUGCAAAGUAUGCAGAAAGAUCAUCAAGUCUUAGGACGGAGAGGUUCAGUUGUUGUGAUGCAGAGACCAUUGAGUGGAGUGUCUGUUCCCUCAGAGUACCAUGCUGGAGGCAGAAAGAGUUCUAGACUGGGUCAGGACCAUACAGAGGGUGAUACUUUAACCAGCUCCCAAGGGUCUCUGGCUGAUUCUUUUAUUUUGGAGCAUGGUGGAUCUGAGACCUCAAGUAGAAUUGGCUCCUUUGAUGAAUUAAGUCAUGGUAGGGUGAGAAGAACAUACCAAUCAGGGGAGAGUGACGAACAAGAUGAACAGAGUGAGCCACUGAUAACACCAUCCCCUACCUUAUUUCAGGAAAUAAAACACAGAAGCUCCUUUCCUCAAGCACCACCACGUAAUCGUACCCGGUCCAAUCCCAACUUAUCCACAACCUUCAGAAGCCAGCCAGAGAAACCCUUAAUGCCAAGUCCGAGUCCAAGCCUCUGCUCUCUAGAGGCUCCGCAGAGGCCUCCCAGGGCCCGGGAUAAGAAAGAAGGCUCUGCACUUCAAAGACAUGCAUCUGCUCCAGCUCUGGAAGCACAACCACAAACUGGAAAGUCCCCAAAAUUGGGUCUUUUGAAUAUCUUCCGUAGGCAGUCCUGGACCGGCCACUCAUACACCCAAUUGGAGAAUACGGAGCUGGGACCGACACUGGGAGAGAUCAUGAAGCCCAAUACACCUACUAUGUCUCUGAGAAAAAAGAUGAGGGCUUCCGCCUCCAGUCUGACCAAGCUCUUUUCCAGGUCCUCUAGUAAGGAGGAUGUUAGUAAAGGAGGACCGAUUGUAAAAGGAUCUGCUGCCAUUCCUCAGAGUAGUGCUCUUGAAAGCCCCAAAAAGAGAAGCUCAAAGCUCUUGUCAUCUUUUAAAAUACCGCCGUUCAGAAAGACGAAAGUUUGUCCCAGCAAAGCCGAGGUGCUGCAGUUAGCCGGGGGUGGCGUACUACUGGUGUGGAAGCCUGUCCAGUCUGCUGACCCUGUCACUUACUGUGUGCAGUACUGUACAGCUGGUGGAGAGUGGAGAGUCCUGUCAGAUGAGGUUGCAGAGAGCUGCUAUGUGGUAAAGGACUUACCAAAAGGAGCAUCAUAUGUGUUCAGAGUGGGCUGUAUCACCAGAACAGGAGCAGGACCUUUCAGUGAAGCUUCAGCUCCCACCGUCAUACCCACUUAUCCUGAAGAUAUACGGAUUCCUCUCGUUCAGACUCAGUCACUUGGACUAAAGGCCGAUGGAUCACAACCUCAAAGUGUAAACAGGAAUUACAGCUUCCUCUCUGAGAUUAACAGGGGUCGUUUUAGUGUAGUAACUUUGUGCAGGGAUGUGGUGACAACUCAGGUGUUUGCUGCUAAGAUCACUCCAUACCGUGCCGAGCAGAGACAACUGGUGCUGCGGGAGUACCAGCUGCUAAGGAGGCUUCACCACCCUCACCUGGUUCAGCUGCAUGCUGCUUUCAUCACCCCAUGCUAUAUGUUGUUAGUGGAGGAGUUGUGCCCUGGCAAAGAGCUACUGUACAGUCUGGCUGCAAGAGACCUUUAUGCAGAGAACAACGUUGCAGAGCUUUUGCAUCAGGUUGUGAGCGCAGUGGACUACCUCCACAGUCGUCGAGUCAUCCACCUGGACCUAAAGUCUGACAACAUGCUGGUAGAUGAUGGCAACCACCUGAAGAUCAUUGACUUUGGCUCAGCCCAGUCCUUCAUACCUGGACAGCCUUUAAGCAUUGAGCACAUUCACGGCUUCGCUGAAAGCAAAGUCUAUAUUGUCCUUCCUAAAGCUCCAGAAAUCCUGGAGGGUCAGGGUGUGGGGCCAGAGACUGACAUCUGGGCUAUUGGAGUCCUGGCCUUUAUCAUGCUCAGCGCUGACAGUCCCUUCCAUGCCGAGCUCAGCUGGGAGCAAGACAAAAACAUAAAGAAAGGAAAGAUCCAGUUUGGCCGCUGCUACCCUGGUCUGUCAGAAGGAGCUUUAAACUUCAUGAAGAGCAGCCUCAAUAACAAAUCCUGGGGGAGACCCACAGCAGCCGAGUGUCUCCAGCACCCGUGGCUUCGUGCCCAUCGCACUCCACACAAAGUCCGCCCAUCCAAAGUGUGCUUCUCCACUGACAAGCUCAGAGCUUACCUCAAGCAGAAAGAGGAGAAACGAGACCAAGUGUGCACAAAGCAUCAGGGUCCGUUCUUCUAGUGUGGUUAGAAAAUCCACAAAACCCCGAUCAGUGUUUUGAACAAAAAUUAUGGCUAAAAGUUUUUCAAGUUUCCCUUUUUUCUGCUAAAUCAAGUCUAACUUAGCAUCAUAAAAUGAUAUACCCUGACUUUAAAUAUGUCUUAACGAGUCUGUUUGGAAAAAUCAAUUUUGAGGAAUAUUUAUCAGAGAUUAUUAUCGAUGCACGAGUUAUACGGUUUCGGUUUUGCUGUAAAGUGAUUCGCUGUGAUCCUCGUCUAAAGUGUCAAAUGGAUCCACAUGCUUGGUCUUACAUUUGAAACCUUUUUUGCAAUUUUUAGUGAACAGUAAUAUUUCAGAAGUAUGUUCCAAACUUCAUAACUCAAAGUUUGCAAUGAGGAAAUAGUUGAUAGUUAAACUAUGUUAUAUGGAUGACCUCCUAUUUUGAAGUGAAUGGAAAAAAAUAAAAAAAUAAAAAAUGACACCAAAAGAACUCUGUUGAUGUCAUCAACUUUCUCAUCUUUUUAUUUAUCUAUGUUUCUAUACAGACAUAUAAUAUUAAACAUAAUUGGGAAUCUACAAGAUACUUUGUUUAUUUGACAAAUAGUUUUAUUCUUCUAAUAUUUGUGCCAAAAUAAAAUGUGGGUGAAAUCUG